AUGCAUUUCCUCAAAACCAUCUUCCUGGCAGCUUCUCUGUCCAUCGCCUUGGCAGCACCAACUCCCUCGUCUAUGUUGGAGGAAAAGUCAGCCACCACGCUUUCUGAUCCGCCCUCGGUUCCCGCAGGCCUCAAGAUCGCCGACAACAAUCUCUCCGCCAACGGAGACUGGAAUAGUAUCUGCAAGUCGCAGUAUGGUGAUCAAAUCUGCCCCGCCAUUUGCAGCAAACUGUAUAACUUGCCGGGCAAAUGUGUGGGAGGUUUCUUCAACUGGGACAAGGUUUGCGUUUGCUCGUAA